CAAAAAUAUAAAAGUUUAUUAAAGUAAAAUAAAUAAAAAAUUUGAUUUAUCUGUUGUCUUCGUCUUUGCUUGUGCGUUUGCCACCACAACGUUGUCUCCUCUUUUUCUUCUAAUGGCUUCCAGUCCAGACAAGAAUCUGUCUCCUUCAGAUGAGAAAACCGGUUCGACCGAGAGUCCUAAACCGGAAUCAGCAGCCUCUGGGAGUUCACCUUCAUCAGCUAACAACCCUCCUGCCCUCAAUUUCAAUGCUUUUGAUUUCUCUAACAUGGCUGGUAUCCUCAACGAUCCAAGCAUUAGAGAAUUGGCUGAGCAGAUUGCUAAAGAUCCCGCCUUUAACCAAUUAGCUGAGCAGCUUCAGAGAUCUAUUCCAGACGCAGCUCAAGGAGGAGCAGGAGGAGGCUUCCCUAACAUUGAUCCGCAACAGUAUGUUAGCACGAUGCAGCAGGUUAUGCAUAACCCUGAGUUUCAGACUAUGGCUGAGCGUCUUGGUAAAGCCUUAGUUCAGGAUCCACAAAUGUCUCCGUUUUUGGAAGCGUUCUCGAACCCUGAAACGGCAGAGCAUUUUACUGAGCGUAUGGCGAGGAUGAAGGAGGAUCCGGAGUUGAAACCUAUACUUGAUGAGAUUGAUGCUGGUGGUCCUUCUGCUAUGAUGAAGUACUGGAAUGAUAAAGAUGUGUUGAAGAAGCUUGGUGAAGCAAUGGGUAUGCCUGUUGCUGGCUUGCCUGGCCAGACUGCUUCAGCUGAACCUGAGGUAGCAGCGGAAGAAGGUGAGGAAGAAGAAGAAGAAGAAGAGUCUAUUGUUCAUCAAACUGCCAGUCUUGGUGAUGUUGAGGGUUUGAAAAAUGCUUUGGAAUCUGGUGGUAACAAAGAUGAAGAAGAUUCUGAAGGGAGGACAGCAUUGCAUUUUGCUUGUGGAUACGGCGAGUUGAAAUGUGCUCAAGUUCUUAUCGACGCUGGGGCAAGUGUAAACGCUGUUGACAAAAACAAGAACACACCGCUUCAUUACGCUGCUGGUUACGGGAGAAAAGAGUGUGUUAGCCUUCUCCUAGAGAACGGCGCUGCAGUGACUCUACAAAACCAAGACGAGAAGACACCCAUUGAUGUGGCCAAGCUCAACAACCAAGCCGAGGUGGUGAAGCUGCUCGAGAAGGACGCUUUCCUUUGAGCUUAUGGUUAAAAGCAAGCUCUAAAAAUCAUGUUGUCUUGUGUUGUGUGUGAACCAAUUCACAGACUUUUGUAUACUUGUUUUCCUGAUUCAAUCGUGUUUUAUUUUAAUUAUUACUCUCUUGAUUAAUUAUUUUUUUUGUUCAAAAAAAAUAUUUUAAUUAUUUAUUUUUACUUAAAUAAGACCAA